CGUCACUUUUCACACUGACAAUACCCAGUAUUUAUUUAUUUAUAUACACCAGUCAAAUAUUGAUAAAUAAAUGAAUAAGCGUGAGCAUAAAUAAAUCAAAGUUGUUAUCAUUGAAAUAGAUUUGAUAAUGUGAAGUGAAAUAAAAUAAAAGUUAUCUGAUCAAAAUAAAAAUAUUAAUUUCAGUCAAAAAUGCCAUUCAAAUUUUAUCUGAAGAAAAGUCGCCAGUACAACGUAGUGUCUAAAAACCAAUAUGUAAUAUGUGUAGAGCUGCUGGACCAGACUUCGAUAGAGUGUACUUUGGGGAUUGACAGUCUAGGUCAAGAGUGUCUGGAAAAUCUCACGCAGCGGCUGGGACUAGGACAGCCCGAGUUCUUCGGUUUGAGGUACAUCUGCAGACAUGGAGAGCCUUCGGCAAGGUGGGUUGAUAUGGACAAGCCGCUGAAAAAACAGCUGGAAAAAGAGGCCAAGAGUUUCAGUCUGUAUCUCAGGAUUAUGUUUUACAUAACCGAUGUUCAGUUGAUACAAGACGAUAUGACAAGGUAUCAUUAUUAUUUGCAAUUGAAGAGUGAUAUUUUGGAGGGAAGAAUUCAAUGUAGCUCGAGACAAGCUACUUCGCUAGCUAGUUACUCGAUGCAGGCUGAGCUGGGGAACUAUGACCCUGCGAGACAUACUUUCGAGUGCCUUCAACAGUGUGCCUUCUUUCCUAAAGAUGUAAUCGAUGCUGAAGCAAGUGGUAAAGAUGGAUUGUUACAUUCAGCGAUUUGUCAGUAUAAAAGUCUGGCGGGAGUAACUCAAGCAGUUGCUGAAGAAUACUAUAUAUCCAGCGUUGUUCAAUUAGAGGGAUACGGUCAUGAAUCAUUUACUGCUAAGGACGCAGCUAAUAAUCAAGUAGUCCUUGGAAUAUCAAUAAACGGAAUAAUGGUUGGGUAUCCAUCGACACAAGCGACCCAAUUCUACCGAUGGAAAGAUAUAAGCAACGUUAUAAAUCACAAGAAAACAUUUCGAAUAGAGUGUCAAUCGGAGCAUGAAGAAGCUAAGCAGUUUUUCUUUCGUGAUUCACGCAGCGCUAAGUACACAUGGAGGUUGUGCAUAGCUCAACACACGUUCUACAUGCAGCAUCAGGAGUCUCGACCCUCUGAAAGGCUAACGGGAUACUUUGAUAGCGAUACUAAUGAUUCAACCGAGCAGACAGCUUCGGUGAAUUUAGAAAAUCGCAACACGGAUGACUCCAUGCGCUGGACUAGUUACAACGAUCUAUCGACGACGCCUUAUCCGCCAGUGGUUUCAGUUUCUUCCACGGAUCUUAACAAUCUUCGCGCUCUUCUGCCGUCUUAUAGACCAGCACCUGACUAUGAGACUGCUGUGCAGAUGACGUACAACGGUGGUAAUCCUCCACAGCCUUAUUAUGCAAACCAAUCGACGAUAGUUAACGCUGAACUCUGUUUACUCGGCAAUGUUGUCAACAGAAAUAGAUAUUAGUUAUUUUAUUUUAUUAAUUUUAAUCCAAGCUUGUUAUUUUUUUAUGUUUAAAAAUAUAUAUUUUAAUAAUUGUAUAACAAUUUUAAUCAAACAUUUUAUGUAUAAUCGUUUUAUUAAAUCACUUUUUAAAAUAUCU